ACUGUCGGCCCAGCUGAUAGGUCAAGGGUUAUCGAAAUGGCGACCCAAACAGACCGAGUGAAAACUCAAUUUUCAGUGAUUUUGUUUAUGAUUGGUUUUGAUUUUGUAAGUAAUUAUGCGGGAGGAAGAUAUUCACUUAAGUACAUUUAUUUAAUUUAAAUCUAUUAGUCUGUCAUAUUACUGUGUUAACUUCAUUCUUUUGCAUUUUGACUUAGUCUUAGUUCUUAUUUGGUCUAAGUAGCAAGAUUUCUUUGUCACAUCACUCACUUUUUACUAAUCUAAACACCAACACACUGACACUUCCUUACACGUACAAUACACUAAACCGUACAAUAUACAUUAAUAAUACAACAGUCACCAUAAGCCAUAAGUAUUGUUAGCUACGAUUUCUGAAUAAAUUUACCCUAAUGAAAUGUUAAUUUAUUAAAUUAUACUUGACUUAAACAAUUUACUGAAAAGACAACAAAUAGUUAAAUUUAUGUCCAAGUCCAAGUUUACAGUUUACAUCAUCUCCAGGAGAAGGAUUUCUUGACAUGAACUUGUGCUUACAUGAAGGGAAAAGAUCGUGGCUUGUGCCAUACUGUCAUGGGGAGGGGAAAUUCCUGGCUAAAUUUCAGCCAGUACAUUUAUUUUGUGGUGAACAGUGAAGUAGAAACUUAAUUGUAUUCCUCUGCCUCUAGAUAGGCCUAUUUGGCAAGAAGUGUCAAUGACCUGCUGUCCCACCCUUCCCUAAAACACAUAAAAUAAUUAAAAUCCAACUUAAAGUUCAUAGUAAACACUUUUACAAACGUUAUUGUAGUUUCUUCUAUUUCGUGGUGAGGGUAGCAACUUUAUUGUAUCCCUCUAGACUCUAAAUCUAGAUAUGCGUCAAGGAGUGUCAACAACCUGCGGAAGCUCCCUUCUCUCAACUAAAAAGUGUGCUUCAAAAUUUAGCCUUGUUUUAAUUCUCAUUUUAAAUAUUAUAAUUAACCAUCCAAUGAAAUAUUAAUUUGCAACAUCAUAUUGGCUUAUUAAUAUUAAAAAAAGAAAAUCCAAGAAUAAACAUAAGAGAACUCACUCAUCUCGUCAAGCGUACUUUGUCCCACAUUUUUUUAACAUUCUGUGUGGCGACACCAGCGUCAUUUGGAUGGGCAAAAUUUUGUUGAUGGACCACAACGGAGUGUUUGUAGCUUCUGUGUCAGAUCUGGUAUGUUUGCAUAAGCCCAUCUAUCCAAUACUAAUACAAUAAGUGAGCCUGGAAGGAUAUAUCUCACAAUGGGCUCCUGUAAAGUUAUCGCACGUCUGUCUGGCGCCAGAGGCGUAGCGAGGGUGUUUGGCGCCCAGGGACAAGAUUCGAGCCCCGGGACAAGAUCCAUUUAAAGCGCCCCUUUUUCUUUUUUAAACUCUCAAACCCAUUAUUUUCAUAAAUAAAAUAAUAUCAAAGCCCAUUUUGACGCCCCUAACUAGCUGGCGCCCGGGACAUCUGUCCCCCCGCUCCUCCCUCACUACGCCUCUGUCUGGCACUUCAAUGAGACAACAGCACUCACUCUCUCUUUCUAUCCUAUCGAAUACCCAGUAGACCUCUCCUCUGUCCCGUUAAUAGAUCUCAAUAAAAAAAAUUACAAUUUAAAUGUAAUUCAACAUGGAACAACACGAUUUUUCAAUAAUUGACACUGAAGUACAAGAUUAGCAGUAUAUAAACAUGCCAAGGAAUUCUGAUUGUAGCAAUUACAGUACGGCCUAAAGUUUGAAAAAUAACAAAAAAUUUUUAAAUGUAAGUUCUUGCCUUGUAGCAAAAAAUUAAAAUGGUUUUAAAAAAAAUAAAUUUAUGAUUAAUUAUUAACCAUGUUUCCUUUUGAUAUUUCUUCAGGUCUGUUCAUAUUACUGUGAUAAUGAUAAGUAAGUAUUUUUCUUUGAGAUAAUAGAAACUUGAACCCGAUUUAUCAGUUAUGUUCUAAAAAUCCAUACCCUGCCAGACUGAUAUGCCAUAGCCUACAUCCACAGUCAAUAUAUAAAAAUGUGCUUUAAAUACUGAGGUCAGAAUUUACCAUAUAACUUGCAAAAAGUCACAAUAAUGGCUACUCCCAUAGAUGCAUUGUUUUAGUAAUUUUUUUUAUAUGUAAGUGGGGGAGGGGGGGGGGGGGUGAAAAUGCAAAAAUUGCUAUUUUAAAGAUCUUAACCCAGAUCAGGUUGAUAAAAAAGUAAAUAAUUCUUAUUAAAGAGUUUUGAAUAAAUUAUAACUUGCAAAAAGUCACAAUAAUGGCUACUCCCAUAGAUGCAUUGUUUUAGUAAUUUUUUUUAUAUGUAAGUGGGGGAGGGGGGGGGGGGUGAAAAUGCAAAAAUUGCUAUUCUAAAGAUCUUAACCCAGAUCAGGUUGAUAAUAAUGUAAAUAAUUCUUAUUAAAGAGUUUUGAAUAAAGAUUAUAAUGAAAGCAAGUUCACAUUGAUAGAUAGAAAGUUCAACUAAUGCUAAUGAUGGAAUGUGUGCUUUGGCAAAUAAAGAAACAACUAGGUCUAGAUCCCAAGUCCUUGCCCUAGUUUUUAUGAAACACAGGGGCAUGAAAGUGACUGUCUACUAUGCUAUUCUUCAUUAACUAGCGAGAACCCGGCAUGUGUUGCAUUGUGAGAAAGAAAGCGUUUGUGUUUUAAUAAUGUUUUUUGAAGUACUUUCUAUAUCUACAAUAUUUUUUUGUUUUUCUGUAUGACGCGUACAAAAAUAAAUAGAGCGCAUAUGGAAAUUAUAUUUACAUAGCUCAUAUAAUUAAAAAAAAACAAAUUUAAGGCCAACGGCCCAAAAUGGAAUAUUUGUAAAGAAUUGUAAUGACUCAGGAAAAUUCGCGGGGUUGUGGACAGCAACUCACCAAAGUUUUAUGGCAAUCGCAUCAAUGGUAUGAGUGCAUACAGGACAUACAUACAUACAUACAGACAUUCACUUUUAUACAUAUAGAUUUAAAAAGCAAUCAGUUAUAUUUAUUAAUUUUACUUUUAAGUGUUAUUAAAUCAAAGAAGCUUGGAACUUUGUCUAGAUAGUCGAUUCGUGAUAUGAUAUCAUUUACGUGUUUAUUUAGAAAAAAUUAAUUUUAAUUUUAUUUCGCAAUAUUAGCAACACACUAAAAAGGCACCAAACAAAACAGAUUUUUCGAUUUUCCCGAAAAAUGUGAUUGUUAUGCAAUUUUUAGAUAGUAAUUUUUUUAUUUCUUUUUUUUGCAUAACUUUUAAAUUUGGAUAAAGUGCUUAAAAUAGUUCCUUAGUUGUUACUUUAAAUGUAUUUGUAAUUUAUAUUAAUAAUAUUUAAAAUUGUACUAAAUUAAAAGCGGAUCUAUAAUAUUUUUUUGCGAAUUUAAAGUUAUUCGAUUUCCAUAAAAUAAUAGAGAAUAACUAUGAUUAUUUUUAAGAAUCGAAACGUAUUUAAAUCGAUUCGCUUCUUUUGGGUUACGGUCAGCAUAGCUCAUUCUCAUAUAUAUGGAAAGUUGAAAGACAAUUUUCUCCCUAUGAUCCAUUUUAUAGCAGUAAUGGACUAAAGACAGAUAAAUUUAGAUUGAAAUAAAUAAAAUUAAUAUAAUUUUAUAAUUAUGGAAUUUUGUGUGUGCUUUGUAUCUGUUUUUGUAAAUAUUUCCAGGAACCAUUAUGUUAUUUCUAACAAAAAUGUUUAAAAAGGAUAUCUUCUGGAAUUGGAGCAUUUUUAUAGAGAUUUCUUAGUUUAAGCUUAACCAUAAUAUGUGGGUAUAUUAUUGCUAACAUUAUCUUUUUUAAUCUAUAGGUGCACAGAAGAAGAAUACUGCUGUGGUGAAAACACAUGUUGUCCUUCUUACAAAGUUUGGGACCUGUGGUAUUUUUGGUAAAUAGAAAUUUUCAGUAUUCUUACUAUCUCCUAAAAGUAAAAUUACUAAUUUAUAUUUUACACCAUCAAAUCUCUAUUCAGAUUUUUGACAAACUAGCAGUUCUUUACCUGUAUUAUAAUUUGGGGGUUUGUGAUUAGAAAUAAAUUAAAUUGUCCUGGAAAUUUUUUAUUUUGACCCUGAAAUGUCCACAUCCCUACCCCCCACCCAACACCCCCUCCCAACACCCCCUCCCCACUCCAACGCCACAGUAGCCUACUAACUCCCAUCCAUUUACCCCACAAAAAAAGUUUGAUGUUUCUAGAACUAGACAUUAAUGUAUCUCCUUUCUAUAUAUAUUUUUAAACUUUCUUUAAUUGGGAUAUAUUUGACUGAUGAUGAAUGAAGGAAGAAAAGAUAGAAUGUCCUUUAACUUUAAGAAAAAUAACUUUUAGCAAAUUUAUUUGAGUACCGGUACAAUAUAUUUUUCUCUUUGCAUAUUUCAGGUGUGGAGUACUUUUCUUCAUGUUCCUCUUAUCAUUAUGUGCCUGCCUGUGGAGAAACAGAUUUUUGUCCAAUGGAACUAUUAUAAUUAGUGGCUAUAGCUAUACACCCUUGCAGGAAGUUGAUUCUGGGGUUAGUACUUUUUUUAUUUUCUAAACUGAUAAUUUAUCUUGAAUUUUGUUGUAUUUCAGAUUUUUAAUGUAUGGUUUGUAAGCAUAUCACUGAAAAAAAUAAAAUAUAUAAUUUAAUAUUUUAAUUUCAGAGUUCUCGACCUGAUUUCACAGGUCGGUAUCCACGCAGCAGCAACCAAAUGUAUACUCCACCUUUAGGUACUCCUCCUCCCUAUAAUCAGGUAUCUGCUGGAAACAUCAAAGUGGCAGCACCUCCACCUUCAUAUGCACAAGUAGUAGGAAUGAGAGAACCUCACUGAUAAGAGGUGUAAGAAUUCAAUUUGAGAAAUCUUUCUUCUCAUAAGGUUUGAGCCUUAAAUGUUGAUUGUAUAAGUCUGGAUUGACAAGUAUUAUUAGAAUGAAAUUUAUAUUAUAUGAAUUAACUAUUCUUUAACUCAUUCCUGACAUCUGGCUAUCCAUGUUCCUUAAUAUGAAUAAAAAUUCAUCCAGAAGUGGAUGGAGUUUAAGAAAUAUAUAAUAUUAAUGGAAUAGCAAUUAUAAAACACUCAAAUUUUGCACAUUGUAAAAAUGUGAGAUACAAAACAAGCUGCACACCACAGAUAUAGAUAAAAACAAAAUGAUAAAAACCAGAUAAACACCAACAGAAAUGUAAGUCUCUGGGAUGCAUGAUUUUACUCCUAUAAAGAAAGUUUUUUUAAAGACACUUUCUGUCACAUAGGGUGGCACCCCAGAAAGAUGCAUUUAGUUCCAACUGAUGGGAGUGAGUUAAAUUAAGCUGUUAAUUUUUUUUUUUAUUUUGGAGGUCUCUUGAAACCUACAUUUAUGAGAAAUGUCUAUCUGAUAUAUAGAAUUAUAAUCUUUGACACCAUGAAUAUAUUUUUAAAAAUAUGUGUGAUUCUGUUUCCUUUUACUAUGAGUUGUGAACCGUAAUGAUAUACAUAUUGCAUAGAAGUGCAGAGGAUAUUCUUGUCAUAUUCAUAUUUUGGAUUUUUUAAUGUCAUCUAAGCUAGGAAAGUCUACAUUGUAUGUGGUGUUAUAAUUUUGGAACAUCUUUACACAGGCACACUGAAAGUUGAAGAUUUUUAAAUUUCUUAACUAAAAAAUUGGUAAAAAUUUACAGUGAAAAAAACAUUAAUUAAUUGUUAAACUUUCAACAAAAAAAAUAAUUUUUUGACCAGCCUGAGAAUACAGAAUGAUUUUGAAAGUGUGUUGUGGAUACAAAUUAGAUAUGUCAAGGUCAUUAUAUCAAAUAAAAACAGCAGUUAUUUAAAUAUCAAGUAAUGCACAAGGUAUGCAAAUAAGGGAUUUCAAGUUUUAAUGUUCAUAGCAGUAUCAUUUAAAAAAAAACUAAUUACUAUUUUACUUGACACUAUCAUCUUUCAGCUAAAUUUAUAUUUUGUGCACUUGCUAUCCCUUUUGCAUGCACAUGAAUUUUUUUCUUAUUACACAUAACAAUAUCAAAAUAAUCACAUGCAUGAAAUAAAUUGGAAAACUUAUAGCACUUGAAGUUGUCACCUUUUUGCUGUCUGCAAGUUAAAUCCUCACAACUUACAUUUAUGAAAUAAUUUUCACAACUGCUGCAUCAAGAAAACAAUAUGGAGUAAGAGAAAUGGUGAUUGACAUUAAGAGUUUCUGAUUUCUGCUGACUUUUUCAUUGUUGGUGGUAGAAGUCCAAUUUUUUAAAAUCAGAUCCUUGGUGGUUUAUUGUAGUCACUAUUUUUUUAAUAUUUAAUCUUCAGUUUUAGGGCCUUUAAAUGGGCAUAAGUGAGUUUCUUGAAACUCUGAUUUUACAUCUCUUACCUUUAGCAGGGACCACUGUUUGUAGCUACUUUACAUAAAAAUCAACUGCAGCUAUAAUUGAACCAUCAUUCAUUUUCACUGGCUCAAUAGGAAGUUAUUGCAACAUUUUUAAGUUCUUUUUGCCUUAUCCUAAUAGUGCAAAAGCUGGAAGCCAUGUCCAAAAUAUUUCUUUUUUUGCUUUUUAAUAUAAUUUUUGAAAUAAUAAAACUGUAUAACCAAAAAUGGACUUAAUGAGGAGGAGUUAAAAUUUUAAGGAAAACUUUAUACCUUACAGUACCAGAAUAUAUAACAUUAUUUUUUAAAAACUGUUCUUUAUAAUUUAAAAUAAUACUAAUAAAAGACUUUUUUUUAAACUUAGUUUUAUUGGCUCCUGCCAAAUCAGCCAUGACAAACUGUCUUUCUUAUCAGCUGAAAAUGUUAUCUGCUCCUUUAAUUCAGUUUCUGCAAUGCUUAGUAAGAAAACUGCCUUACUCUGCCACAUAACUGUGGAAGAAAACAUUUUCUUUAUACACAUUCGGUAUUCUGUAUUAGAUCUUGUUAAUGUAUUUUUCUUAGAAAUAUUAAUUUUAAAAAUUUCAAUAAAUAAAUUGGAUAGUGAACGAAUACUUUUUUUCAAUGAAACAGAUAUUGUUAAAUACACUUAUUUAAAAGUUAUAACGCACUUGAAUCAUUCCUAUCAAUGGUAAUUACAUUGUCUAAUAAUGCUGACGUUUCUUGCUUCCUUAAAAAUGUUUUGGAAGAGUGAGUUGUUGGUUAUAUUGUGAUUGACAUUUUUUAUUGCAAGCUUCAUAUUUUGUGCUCUUGUUUUCUUUCUACUUCAAGAAAACUAACCAUUGCAUAUUUUUUAAUCAAAUUAAUAAAACUGAACAAUAUUUUUAAAAAUAUUAUUAAUAUAAGAUGUUGACAUAAUAAUUAACAAGAUUAAGUACAAAUGAUAUUUAAACAUGAUACAUUUAGAAACAAAAAUCAUUUAGAUUUGAAUUGUCCUUUUUGGAAAACAGAUUUGAUGGGUUCCUACUUAAAAUUAAAAUUAUUAUAGUGCUGUCACAAAAAUGCUCUAACCAUAAUAGCAUGGCAAUAACAUUGUACGAUUUAAUAUUUGUGAUAAGUGCUGUUUUGUAAAUAUUAAAAUGUUUUGAAAACAGGGUUUGUUUCACAAAGAAAGGAAGUCCUUGAAUCCAAUUAUGAAGAAAAUAAAUAGCUAUAGCCACUUGAUAUUAAUAGCUAUAUCCUCCUGAAAUUGUAACUUUUUUUUUUUCUUCAUAGAAAUGUUACUUUUUUGGGGAGUUUGUCAUUUGCACCUCUAAAUGGGACAUAGAAUUUUCAUUUGUUAGCUGUAUAGUACAAAGUUGUUUUCUACUGUAGUGCAUGGUAAAAAGUAUUUAAUAUCAAUUUUAAAUGCUUUACAUCUUAUACAAUCCAUAAAUGAACAGUUGUUUUGAAAUUAAAACCUAACAGUUAUAAAUUGUUUGUAUUUUAAGUGCCAUUUCGCAUCUGUUUAAUAAUCGUAAUGUUACCAAUGUGUUAUCAAAAUGGAAUUAAAUAACAAUAAUAACAAUAGUGAAUUUGUACAAUGUCUGUGGGUUACUUCCACAUAGGAAAAAAACUAUUUUUAGAGAGAAAAGAGCAAAUGGGUUGAUUCAUAUCAUAUCUGUUUCAUAUCAUGGUUGUCAUGGUUCAGCUAAGUAAACAAGGAUUGGAUGAUGAUGCUGUGAAAUGAAAGGAACAAAAUUAUUCAGAUUAAAAGAUUUGUUUAAAACUUAUAUUAUUGGGCUUGUCUUAAUUGGCCCUACUUAAUUUACUGGAAUCAAGUUCAUAAACAACAAGCAUGAUUUUGGAACCAACCCAAACUGAAAAACAGGAGGCGCUUCCACUGGCAGCCCCCAUAGUUUUCCAAAUUUAUUUAUAAUUUGAAGAAAGAUGUUUUAAAAGAACUAGCAAUUAAAUUAACAGCUUAAUUAAAUUAAUGUGUAAUAUCAUAUUAUUUUGGUGUUUGAGUGAAAUUUAUUAAUUAAGUUUAGUCUUCAAUUGAUUCAAGCCAUUUUAAUGCUGUUGUGACUUAUCGAACAAGCCAGAGCUUUUUGCAUGUUAUAAGGACAAAAGGUGAAUUAGGAACUUAAUUUAUAAGUGACUACUGAGUAGUGAUUUUUUACAACAAAAAAUUGUUCAUGUUAAAAAAUAAUCUGAAAAGUAUUUAACCUAAAUGUAUAUAUUUAUGUACGAUACUUGGUUUCUCUUUUUUUUAAAAUAUGGUUAAGAAUAAUCCUGUAAGAAAUUAAGAAAAUAUAGUGGCUUGAGGGUUGAGGCAACAAAACUUGGAUUCUAUAAAAUAUAAUUAAUACUCAUACUGGUUGCAAGGCUUUCAAAAGAUGCUGAUGACUUUUUAUUAAGAAACUUUAUUUUAAUGAUGUUUAUUUCAUUUCAUUCCUAGCAUAGCAUACUAGCAAGCAUAAAGUUUCAUCUCUAUUUUAAGAGGUGAUUUGAAAAGCUUCUUUCAUCUCUGUUGGGAGUAACUGAUAUGACUGGACACAUUUUGUCAUGUAAUUUUCAGUUAUACUUUUCAGCAUAUUUAGAAAAUUAUUAUCUGGCAUAGAGCAGGACUGUAUCCUUUUGUUUUAUUUUUAUCACUAUAUGGACAAGGUAUUGGGUUUCUGUAAGAAAUUCUUGUGUAAAUGUAGCACAUAGUUUUGUUUUGUUCCAUUAUAACAAGAAGUUUAGUCACAUUUGAAUACAUGAACUUCCGUCCUUAAACUUAAUGGUUAAUUGUGGCACUGGGAAGAUGAUUUUUAAAAAUAUUCUUUCCUGAUUGACUCACAACUGGUAAUGGAAGACGAAAUAUUUUUUUAUUGGACCAUUUAAAUGCAGUGGAUCAUUAAAUAUUUAACGAAUUCACCACCUUAUUGUAUCUGUUGGUGUUUAAUUUUUUAGGAUGUUCAUUCAAAAUUAUAAAGUGGUUAACUUAAGGAAUUUCAAUUUUUUUGUAAAAUCAUGUUUAAUGAGAAUAUUAAUUAAAGAAAAAAUUUGGCAUUUAUUUGAUUUGAAAAAAAUGUUGGGUUUAAUCUGAAAAUUGCAUUUACAUUUUAAAAAUUAUUUUACAUAGUGUUGUCUAUGUUUUAAGGUCAUCUUUCAGGCACUUUAAAAAAAAAAAUUAAUGUAAAUAGGUAGUAGAAAUGUUGUGGUGCUUUGCUGUAAUUUAUUGUGCUCUCUGCUUUUAUUUAAACUAUGAGUUUGCAUUUGCUAAAAUUGUAUCAUUUAUUAGGCAUUUAUGGGUGAACUGCAUACUUUUGAAGAGUGACAGAAUUUAUAUAAUUUAUAUAUUCUUUGGUUUUAAAUCUGAAAUAUAUUCUUAAAAGAGACAAAUCUGUCUUUGAAGAAAGGUGUGUUGCAUAAAACAAAAUGGGUUAUGCUUUUGUAUCAUUUAAACAAAAUUAUCAUACUUAUUGUUCAAAAUGCAUUGCAAUUUAAAUUUGUGACAAUUUUUAGCACCAUCAUUAAUAAUUAGAAAUAGAAAAUAGUGGGUUACCUUUAAUUUUUAUUAAGAUUCUGGAUAAGUCAAAAUGUUAUUGUGCUAUAUUAAGACCUUGUAAGUUUUAUGUAUACUUAACUUGUACUCUACUUAGAAAAUGUCAUAUUAGUAGUCUUUAGAAGAUAUAACCAUUAUAAAAUUACAUUCUUGACAAAAAAAACUUGUACUUGUGAUAAAUAUUUCUACAUUUUUUGGGGAAUAUAAAUAUUUUAUGGAGCCUACACUUUUAAAUGCUAACUUUGGUGCAUUUUAAAAAGGUUGUUAAACAAUAUUUAAAAUUGCCUAUCAUUAAUCGUGCACUAAAUAGUUUGUGUUCAUGGUGUAUAGAAAAUCUAAAGUUUAUUCAAAACAUAUCCAAUAAAUCUACUGUUGUUCUGAAGGUUA